AAAGCAAUAAAACUAUAAGCUACGUCGUUUCAUAGACCUUACAUUCCCACUCUAAGCCCUUGUCCAGUUGAAGCCUACAUCCCGAGCUAAUUUCAUUAUCUUUCUCUCUUCGAUCUCAGAACAAACAAAGCCAUGGCUACUUCGUUGACAAUGGCGGCUCGUCGAGUGGCGGCCUUCACUCGCUUCCCCUCCUCAGCCACUCCUUCUCUCGUUCAGCGCCGUGGCCUUGCCGGCGCAGCUGAUCAUCACGGGCCUCCUAAGGUCAAUUGCUGGUCAGAGCCGAAGAAUCCUGCCCAAUGGAAGGAAGAACAUUUUGUGAUUGUAUCUUUGUCCGGUUGGGGCUUGCUUUUCUAUAGUGGGUACAAAUUAUUCACUGGAGGCAAGAAGAACAAAGAAGAGAAUUUGGUGCAAGCAUCACAAUAAGGUGGGAAUUUACGUGGCAUCAUGCUUAGAUUGGGAUAUUUUCAUGUCCUAAAUUGAGAAGUUCUCUCUAAUAAUCCAAUUUAUUGGACAUGACAAUGAUAACUUUAACUCUCAUUGUAUGAGCUUUCUUCUUAUUAUACAAACGACCAGAUAGCUUCUAAGCUACUAAAUGGUGGGCUAAAGUUGGUUGCAUCAGCACUGUAAUGCAGUUCUCUCUUUCUUAUGCUAAUGAUAAAUGGAACUGGUUUUUCUCCUUUUA